UUGUGUGCCCCUCAGCUCGCGUGUCAUCACUAAAGUAACCAAAAGCAAGAAGAAGCAAAAAGCUGACGUACUCGGGAAAAAGUUUAGAAAUAAUUAAGCAAUUGAUACACAUUAGACACAACGCAGUAGUUAAUAAUGUAAUAUAGUGCAAAUAUAAAUGCGUUAGUCUUUAAUUUUUCAUUAAGCCCAAAUACCACACGACUUGCAAAACACAAGAGUAUGUUGAAAAAUUGUUGCUGUGCAUAGAGGAAGCCAACAACAAAAGUCGAAGUCAGCCGAGUCGAUGAUAAGAUUCAUGAAUGCGUAGAUAAAUCAUAAGUACAAGUAUCCAACACGCUAACAGCUGGCAUAAAAAAAAAACAAAAGGAAUACGAUAAAUGCAAACGUCUGAAAACGCCUCUCUUCUACUGCCUUAAACAAUAGUCAACAGAAACACAGACAGCAACAGCUGUGUGUGUGCGCGCGUGUGUGUGUGUGGGUGUCUGUGUUGUCGCAUUUUGUGUGUUUGUCGGACGUAACAAAAUAUUGAGCCGUCGAGCAAAACACAUGAUGUGGUCGUUCUUCUCGCGCGACUCCUCCAAAGACUUUCCGUAUGACAUUGGCGAACCCGUUGCUGGCUUUGAUAACUAUUCCAUAUGGACGCUGCACAAGGCCAAACGCAAAGGCACCCUAGAGGAGGUCUCCGUCUUUGUUUAUGAUAUACGAAGUGGAUCCGAGACGAAAAGUGAACUGGCCAAGGCGGCACUAAAACGCCUUAAAACGUUGCGUCAUCCCAGUAUACUGCAAUAUCUAGACUCACUGGAAACGGAUAAGAUGCUAUAUGUGGCCACCGAGGCCGUGGAACCACUGGGCACAUAUUUCACCAAACUAGCCACAGACAAUGUACAAAAGGGCCUCUAUCUGGCUUGGGGCAUCUUUCAAAUUACGCGUGCUCUCUCCUUUCUCAAUAACGAUGGAAAUUUGCGGCACAACAAUGUCUCUGCAUGGUCGGUCUUCGUCAAUUCUUCCGGCGAAUGGAAGCUGGGCAGCCUGGAGUAUGUCUCUGCUGCUGAUGGUAAUCCCAUGCCGCCCGCGAAAAUACCCGUAACGCUAGAGGUCUAUGAUGCGCCGGAGAAGAAUGAUCCGACUAAACUCAAGGCUGCUACCAAGUGCUCUGUCGACAUGUGGGGUCUGGGAUGUCUCGUUUGGGAGGCCUUUAACGGCGUGCUAAAGCAGCGAUCCAAUCUCAAGGACAUCGAACACAUACCCAAAUCACUGCAAUCUCUAUACUGCGAGCUCGUUGGUGCAUCGCCUUCAAACCGGCCCAAUCCAGCUGAUAUUAUAACGCGCUGUCGCAAACCAGGCGGGUUCUUUAAAAACGAUUUGGUGGACACACUGCUCUUUCUUGAAGAAAUUCAAAUCAAAGACAAAGCGGAAAAGAAUCGUUUCUUUAGCGGGCUGACCACGCAUCUGGAAAACUUUCCAGAUAACGUUUGUAAACACAAAAUACUUCCACAACUGAUAACAGCUUACGAAUACGGCGAUGCUGGCUCAGCAGUACUGGCGCCCAUGUUCAAGCUUGGGAAGCUGCUGGACGAAGUAGAGUAUCAGAAACGUAUUGUGCCCUGUGUAGUGAAGCUCUUUGCCUCCACGGAUCGCGUGACCCGUUCUCGUCUGCUGCAGCAAUUGGAUCUGUUUAUUGCGCAUUUGCAACCGCCGGUGGUAAAUGAGCAAAUAUUUCCACAAGUAGCGCAUGGCUUUCUGGACACCAACGCCACCAUACGCGAGCAGACGGUCAAAUCCAUUAUUCACCUAGCGCCUAAGCUGAACUACAACAAUCUCAAUGUGGAGGUAUUGCGCCAUUUCGCUCGACUACAAGCACGCGACGAUCAGGGCGGCAUACGUACCAAUACAACAGUUUGCCUGGGCAAGAUUGCGCCACAUCUGCAUCCGCAGGUGCGCCAACGUGUUCUCGUCUCAGCCUUUAUACGUGCCAUGCGCGAUCCCUUUCCGCCAGCACGUGUUGCUGGUGUUUUGGCGCUGGCAGCCACUCAACAAUACUUUUUGCUUAGUGAGGUGGCCAAUCGUGUCUUACCAUCGCUGUGUUCUCUGAGUGUUGAUCCAGAGAAAACUGUACGCGAUCCGGCCUUUAAAACAAUACGCGGAUUUUUGGGCAAAUUGGAGAAGGUCUCCGAGGAUCCCAGUCUGCGUGAAACAAUGGAAGCGGAUGUUCACACCGCAACGCCUUCAAUUGGCAAUGCUGCAGCCACAUGGGCGGGCUGGGCAGUUACAGCCGUGACAGCCAAGUUCUAUCGCAGUCAAAGCGAUUCGUCCAGACCCAGACCGCCAUUAACAGGGCGGAAUCUAUCGAAGCCAGCGUCGUUGGAACAACCAUCGAGUAGCAGCCUGUCGACCACUACAAGUAGCGUUACAUCCAUGACAUCCUUGGAGCACGAAAGUAACGAUACCUCCGCCUCAGCCUCUGAUUAUGGCAACAACGAUUGGGAUAAUGAGAACUGGGGAGAAAUGGAUACUUCACAGGAUCCAAGCAGUCCGCUUGCAGCUAGCUCCAAUAAUGGUCAACUGAUAACGACCAAUCCACUGAGUGAAGUGCGCGAUGGCUGGGACAAUGAGGAAUGGGGUAGCUUGGAAGAGGAUCCAUGCGAGGAGGAGGARCAGGCGGAACAGGAGCAACAACAGCAGCAGCUGGCCAGACAAUCGAUAUCUUCAACGACAUCAUCUAGCCAGCAACAGCAGCGACCGCUGUUGCCACACCAACAUCAACAGCAACUGCAGCAGCAUGAGCUAAACGAUCUUAUCGAGCCGUUGGCCAAACUCAAUUCACACAACACCUUAUCGCCAUCGCGUCAGCAACUGCGACCAAAGGAACUGGCAAAUCUUUCGAGCAGCGCCAACACUUCACCAACAACGCCGGGCGCAUUGACCAAUUGCAAUAACAUCAGCCCGCCAACAUCACAUUUGAAUAACUCAACGCAUAAUGCCAAUUGGAACAGCGACUCCUGGGCCGACGGCGAAUUUGAACCUCUAGACGAACCCGGUUUAGGUAACAGUAAACUGGACGAAGCGCGCCGCAAACGAGAGGAGAAGAAGCUGCAGCGUCAGCGGGAACUGGAGGCGCGACGAGCGCAACGUGCAACUGGCCCAUUGAAACUGGGCGCAAAAAAGCUUUAAAAGGAUUUACAGAUGACAAAACAAAAAGAAAUAGCAAAAGUGCUUGAAAUUUUUAGCAUUGUAUAUUUAUUAGCUCUUAUUCCAAAAGAAAAACAAAAACAACCAACUAUAAGCCUAAAGUGUAUGCAUGAAUUGUAAAAACUCUGUGUGCGUGUGUCUGCCUCUCUUGAUGUGUGUGAUUGUGUCAGUAUGAGUAUGAGUGUGUAUGUGUGUGUGUGUGUGUGAGCGGCGAGUGUGCAUUGAAUGCCAACUCGAUGUCUAAGUCUCCAUUUCGAUUUUUUGCCCCUAGGCGCAAUAAAAAUUUUGCAUACUUAUUAAAAUUGUCACGAUAUUAUUUUAUGCAUUUACCUAAAUCCUCGUUAGUCUAAUAUCCAUAAAUGUAAAACAUACUAUACUAAA